GCUGUUGUGGAGGUCCAGUGAAGUCUCUCUUUCUCACACACAGAGAUCCAGUUUCUUGGAUAGUGUUUUGUAUCCUGAGUGGGGUGCGGUGAUGUCAUUGUAAACUUCUCUCAGUCCCUAUUCAGACGCUGCGCGUUCUACUCUUCAUUCUGAUUGUUGAACUCAUUGAGAACGGUACCCAUCCGGGAAGUGCAGUUUUAAAGAAACUUAACUUUGAGCAUCGUAAACAACAAAACAAUUCACUGACAGAUCUACAACAAGCCCGGCUUUUUGGCGAGGGCGAGUGGGAACUUAUAAAAUGAACCGGAGUUUUAAUAAAUCUCAGACCUUGCGGUAUUUGGACUUUACUGCGGUGGAAGUAAAAAGCAAGUAUGGGGCAGAAUUCAGAAGAUUCUCCUUGGAUCGAUUCAAACCUGGCAAAUUUGAAGAGUUUUACAAUCUCAUUCUUCACAUUCACCGGUUAUCCAACAUUGAAGUCAUGCUCGGCUAUGCUGACGUCCACGGAGAUCUACUUCCCAUUAACAACGAUGACAACUUCUGCAAGGCUGUCUCCAUGGCCAACCCCUUGCUUAGGGUCUUCAUACAGAAACAAGAGGAAGUCGACUACAGUAGUUUUGGCACCAACACCCUGACGAGGCGGAAGAAAGCAGUGGUGACCCUCCGCAACGAUGUGAACCGCAAGCGGCCGCACAUCAGCAUCAGCAUGCCACAGGACUUCCGGCCUGUAUCCUCUAUCAUUGAUGUGGACAUUCUGCCCGAGACCCACCGACGGGUACGUCUCUACCGCCACGGCUCUGACAAGCCCCUGGGCUUCUACAUCCGGGAUGGCACCAGUGUGCGGGUCACCCCGCACGGUCUGGAGAAGGUGCCGGGCAUCUUCAUCUCGCGCAUGGUGCCGGGCGGGCUGGCGGAGAGCACGGGGCUCCUGGCGGUCAACGACGAGGUGCUGGAGGUCAACGGCAUUGAGGUGACGGGCAAGACCUUGGACCAGGUGACAGACAUGAUGAUAGCCAACAGCCAUAACCUCAUCAUCACCGUGAAGCCUGUCAACCAGCGCAACAACAUCAUCCGCAGCAGCCGCACCUCCGGCAGCUCGGGCCAGUCCACAGACAGUGGCAGCUCCACCGGCCACCACAGCCUGCCGGCCCCCUCUUCCCUCAACCAGCACCUUCUUCAGAACUUCCACCCGGACGACAUGGACAGCGACGAGGAGGCCGAUAUUGUCAUCGAGAGCAGCCUCAAGCAGCCCAAGAAAACGGCAACGCCUCCUCCGAAACCACUGUCCCAACGUUCUUCUUCCAGAGGCCAGCUCCCAACGCCACCCAGUCCCCUACGGCCUCCUUCCUCCAUUUCCAACGCCUCCACCUCUAUUGUACAGUCCCACCCCAGCAACGGCAACAACAACCUGAGCUUCAGACUGCACAAAGAACUCUCUCUCCAGCACCACAGCAGCAGGGGAUCCAUCAGCAGGGAAAGCAACGGCAGCCUCCACAAAAUCCUCAAUAGCUUGAGGACAGACCCCAGACACAGCCUUGUCCUGCCCAGAGGAGGAGUGGAGGAGGACGGCACCGUUAUCACACUUUAAAAUUCGCACCAACCUUUUUCUUUCGCGGACGCUGCUCUGAAGUCUUGCAUCUCCUGUGUCUUACAGAAUAUCAAAAUUGAAAGAAACACUAAUUAAGGUAUAAUAAAAAAAAAAAUGUAUACUGUGUAAUUUAAAGCUAAAAAGAGGUGGUUGACUCUUCCGUUUUUUACGAGGGUACCACAAUUUUCCUGUGGAGAUUAACAGGUUUUGACCUUCACUUUGUGAUUUCCAAGGAAAUGUUGCUGCUAUAAUGGUUGAUAUUCCCUAACAAUCAGAUAAAAUUUAAACAUUCUGGUCCAUUGUAAACUUAUAUUGAGAAUUGUUUUCGUUUUAAAAUACACAGUAGAUGCUUCUUAAUUGCACAUUCAUUCAAAGAAUAUGGCAUCCAUAUUAUGUCCCUCCUCUCUGCUGACAUCCGAUCAAGUUUUGUGUAUGUUUUAAAUUAAGGGAUUAUCAAAGUUUUGUGUUUGAAAUGUGCCUUCUUACUUCGUCUUGAAGUUUGAUUGAGUAACACAGGGAAAACAAUGCAGAGAAGUAUUGUAUUUAAAUAACCCCUCAUGCUAAUUUUCAAUUAACACUUUUAAAAAAGUAACUAUCAAGAACAUAAUGAUAUCUACAAGAAUACAGUACAGUAUUGUACAACAAUACUACUGUAAUCUGUUUACUACGGAUUACAGUCAGAUCAAUAAGUCAUUUAUAGUAAUGUUUUAAUAUUUUUGUAUACAAAAAUGUAAAAGGAGAAUCAUUUGAAGAUAAAAAUAGAUGCAAGUGUUUUAUCAUUUUCUUGAUGUUUAGGUCAGUUUAAAGUACCUGCACAGUCUCUUGCACACUGCUUUACAAAUAUUGAUGCUGAGGUUAAACAAUAGGUAUGACACGAUGAAGGCAUUCCCAUUCGUCUUAUUGAUUUAGUUUCUUAUAGUUUUACCGCUGAUGCUGAACAUAUAAAAUGGAAUCAUGCUUUCCACGUAGUCAGGACUAAAAUGUUUCACUGACCAAACACCAGAAAACCUCAAAGGCCAGAUAUAUCACAGGAUUUAACCAGAAAUCAUAGUUGCAUUUUUUCAUGAAAGGAAAAUAAAUGUGCUUAUAUUACAUAACUAGUACCAAACAAUGUUGCCUCUGUUUUCCUGUCCUUAAAUGAACCUUCAAAUUUCUUUGUUACUAGUUUUGUAACAAAAAGAUUUAAUUCGAUAUGACAAAAACUGAUGCAAAUUGCAUUUGGUUAUAAACACCUUGUGCAAUAAGGCAAACUGCCUUCCCUGACUAAGGUAGAGGUGUGCAAUUAGGUGGCUUCUACUGUAUUUGAUACUGGAUAGAAUUAUUUAGUUUACAUUGAUUUUACAAGCCUAAUAAAUUGAAGCUACAAGCUAAUAUUAAUCUUGUAGAAUGUCAUUCAUUUACAUUUGCCAAGCCUUUGUAUCUUGUUCACGUUCAUGGACAAGAUGCCUGAGUAAGUAUUACAUUUGAAAAGACCAGUUUCUUUCAUCAACUCCACACUAUAUUUUAUUAUGUAACUGUUUAUUUGUAAAGAAAUAACUUCAAACGUGCCUAGUUUAUAAUGUAAACCCAAUAUAAAAACCACAUUGCUUUUGCUUGUGUUGUUUCAAUGCUAAAUGAAAAUGAAUGCUGAACUGAGCUGGAAUCUGCCUUUGUUAUUUAAGUAGCACUAAAGAGAGGUUCCUAUAUAGAUUAGCACAAUUUAGGGUAUCCAAUAAGGAAGUAUUAUACUGCACAUGCAACAAUAAGACCAAAUUGUGUUUGAACCCCAUUGUUCAAAGAGCUGGAACUCUUCCACUCAUUCUCGUUGAUGGAAUUAUCUUUAGGACAGCACCACUUGCUGGUAGGAAACCACCAUAGUCAGGAUUCCUAACCAGUUUUCAUCACUAAAUGUAACCUUUAAUGUUAAGGAAUGAAUUAAAGUGUAUCUUUUAAGGUUUUAUUAUUUAUUCCAAAUUUGUCACAGGAUUCGCUGGAUUAUUUAGUACCAUCCAUACAAGGUUAUAUAAAUCAUGACUUACCUGUUACAAACAAAAAUAGUAAUAACAUUAUAUAAAUGGCGUGAUAAUGUGUUAUUGGUACAAUGCAAGUCCAUUUUUGCAGAAUUGUUUUAUUUCUGUGAGAAAUAGAUACAUGGCCAAAAGCUAAAAUGUUAAGGGAAGUGUCCUGGGAAACACAUAAAACACCUGUCUGGCUUUUAGGUACCCAUACUUUUAAAGGUUAAUGUCAUUCAAGCAUGUGUAUGUCAAUCGUUACACCCACUUUCAAAAACUUUGAUUUGUUGGUAUCACAAUUUACUUCCAGGUUUUCACACAUUUAUUUUUUGAACUUCUUGUUUGUUGGCUGUCAGAUAUAAACAGGUGACGGGGUGGGGUUGUCUAUUCUUACUGAGGUAAAGGAGGUGGAAGGUGUAAAUAAAACGUCCAGUGACACUGUCGGUGUAAAAAUAUUGUACCAAUAAUUUAACACAUGGAAAGUAAUUGAGGGGAUGUUUGAGUUAUAGUUGUGUGGUCUUACUGGAAUCUUUCUCACAGAUAUAAGGCUUACCUUUUUAAAUGCUCAAUUUAGUAUGGUUUGUGGUACCAAGUUUAAAAUAUUUGAUAAACUACAUCUACAUGGAAACAGUGUUGAUUUGAAAAGCCUUCACUGUCUUUCAAUAUAGUGAAGCCAUUUCCAAGUUAAACUGCACUUGGGAUUACAGUUACAGUGUGACUGGAAGUCUUUUUUUUGGCCAAACUAUGUAAAUAUCUGGAUGUUUUUUUACCGAAGUCUUAGUUUCUUACGCAUUUCACUUUUUUUUGUUUAUUAGUUACACUAGGAUAUUGAAGCUUUUUUGUAACAGAAAUAGCUUGUAUUGUAUUAAUGUAUAGUAGAGGACAUGGAAUGUCUGACUGCGUAAUACAGUUCUUUCUAAUUUUAUAUGCAAAACAACUCAACAAUAUUAUUUUCUUACCACUGUGUUGAUUUUUUUUUUGUAUUUAACAAAAUGUCUUCUAAAUAAAUAAAUAAAAUUG